CCCGGCGCUCAGGGCCCCGCCGAAUCAGCUGCCCGGCACCCCGAGUCGGUCUUGGCCAUGAACUCCACUGGAGGAAGGAGGAGGGAAGCAGCUGGGCCCAAGGGUAGAAGGGCUCACAGACCCCCCCGGGACCAGGACCGAGACGUCCAGCUGUCCAAGGCUCUGUCCUACGCCCUGCGCCAUGGGGCCCUGAAGCUGGGCCUUCCCAUGGAGGCCGAUGGUUUCGUGCCCCUGGACGCCCUCCUGCAGCUGCCCCAGUUCCGCAGCUUCUCAGCUGAAGAUGUUCAACGCGUGGUGGACACCAAUGUGAAGCAGCGCUUUGCCCUGCAGCCAGGGGACCCCAGCACCGGCCCCCUCAUCCGGGCCAAUCAGGGUCACUCCCUACAGGUGCCUGAGUUGGAGCUGGAGCCCCUGGCGACCCCACAGGCCUUGCCCCUGAUGCUCGUCCAUGGCACAUUCCGGCAGCACUGGCCGUCCAUCCUGCUCAAGGGCCUAUCCUGCCGAGGAAGGACACAUAUCCACCUGGCCCCAGGGCUGCCUGGGGACCCUGGUGUCAUCAGUGGCAUGCGGCCAAAUUGUGAAGUGGCUGUGUUCAUCAAUGGGCCCCUGGCCCUGGCAGAUGGAAUCCCCUUCUUUCGCUCUGCCAAUGGUGUGAUCCUGACUCCAGGGAAUGCUGACGGCGUCCUGCCUCCCAAGUAUUUCAAGGAGGCCCUGCAGCUGCGCCCUACCCGAAAGCCCCUCUCCUUGGCUGGUAAUGAAGAGACAGAGCACCAGAGAGACCCCACGCAUGGCUCCAGAGGAAGAGGGAUGACCCAACAAUAAAAUAUUUAUUUUUUUAA